GUGCUUUUUGGUUGAGAGUUGGAGCCCGCAAGCAACAUGCCAGAACAGAGCAACGACUACCGGGUGGCCGUGUUCGGCGCAGGUGGUGUCGGCAAGAGCUCCCUGGUCCUGAGGUUUGUGAAGGGCACGUUCCGGGAGAGCUACAUCCCCACCGUGGAGGACACCUACCGGCAGGUCAUCAGCUGCGACAAGAGCAUCUGCACGCUGCAGAUCACGGACACCACCGGCAGCCACCAGUUCCCCGCCAUGCAGCGGCUGUCCAUCUCCAAGGGGCACGCCUUCAUCCUGGUGUACUCCAUCACCAGCCGGCAGUCCCUGGAGGAGCUCAAGCCCAUCUACGAACAGAUCUGCGAGAUCAAAGGGGACGUGGAGAGCAUCCCCAUCAUGCUGGUGGGGAACAAGUGUGACGAGAGCCCAAGCCGCGAGGUGGAGAGCAGCGAGGCGGAGGCCCUGGCCCGCAGGUGGAAGUGCGCCUUCAUGGAGACCUCGGCCAAGCUCAACCACAACGUGAAGGAGCUCUUCCAGGAGCUGCUCAACCUGGAGAAGCGCAGGACCGUGAGCCUACAGAUCGACGGGAAGAAGAGCAAGCAGCAGAAGAGGAAAGAGAAGCUCAAGGGCAAGUGCGUGGUCAUGUGAAUGCCCUCCCGUGUCCCGUCACCUCACCUUCCCUCUUCCCUGUGAAACCCGCCGCCGUCAGGGCAGCAUGUAGGAUGCCCACAUGUUAACUAUCGCAUUUUGACCGAGACGUGCCCUAUUGUCCUUAAGAGGGCAUUCCACACCACCACCAACAAGCCCCUCUCCGGAACCAGGGAAUCCGCCAGACGGUUCAACAAAAACCCACGUGCCCGGCGGGGCAGGGGGCUGAGAGCGCCCGCAGCCUCUGUGGCCUCCUGUGUGUGCCGCCAGGAGUGGAGCGAGGGAGGGAGGGACUGCCCCUGCAUGUGUGUCCAAGCAUGUUCACCUGGGGCUGCAGGUCCACCACAGACCAGCCUUUCCUCUGCUCAGCAGCCGGUGCCGCCCUGGGGGAGGGGGUGGGAGAGGAGGGGAGAAGCCAGGCCAAAGUUGCUUUCUUCAUGGUUCUUUAACUGGACUGAAACCACAUGCCUCCCCCAGAUGCUCACACCCCAUGGACCUGUGAGCCCCGAGGGGUGCCCCCACCUCCCUGGGCCUCGGGGAGAGGCUCCGGUUCAGCCUUCCAGAGGAUUUCUGUUCACGUGCAGUGUGGGCUCAGGAUGCCUGCCCGGGAGAGCGCUGUGGGGUUUGAGCGUGGACACCGUGACGUACGAACCCCACGGCACUGCCACCCUCAGAGGGUUUCACAUGCGAAGUUUCCUUCCUUUAACCCGGGAGGGGGGCACCUCUGCCAGCCUCAGAGUUUAAACACGAGCGACUCACUUCGCUGUGGUAGACGUCCUGUCCGCCCGUGGCUGUCUCUGUAGGUGACGGCCUGGGGAGGCCAGCGCACACUGCCUUCUAGGUGGCCCGUCGGGAGUGCACACCUCGCCCCUCACUGACGUACUUGGGACGGAGUGGUCACUGUUUCGAUGCCCCUCAAUACACUGCAUUCCUGGAAAACGCCUCCGAGUAGCACACGUCUCCCGGGUCCCAUCAGAAACGCCUCCUCAGAGCAGUGCAGGCAGGGCCCCCUCUUUCUCCUCAUGAUCUGCGUGCAGCCCGAUCGCGGCCGUGCUGGCCCCUGCCCGGCAGGCGCACGGGGCUGGCGGUGGGGCCGAGGCCGCCAGUCUGAUUCUCUGCCGUCGGAGUCCGGUUUGGCUCUGCUUCCCGAAAAGCCCCACUGACGGAGCCCAGUGCUCCCGUUUGCUCCCGUCAGCAUAGCCCAGCCCCCGACUCGGAGUCUCCUCUCAGCAGUCCUCCCGCCACCGCCUGGCAGCGGACGUGGCCCCGGCAGCCUGCUGUGGGCAACAGCGGGCAGAGGUGUCCCGUGUGGGGCGACUGCACCCUCCGGCUCCUCUCCCUGCACCUGCCUCUGGAGCAGGCCUGGCCCGCAGUAGUGGCGCUCCCCUCCUGCUCUCAACAGACCCUCCUGGGGGAUUUUCCUCCCGUGGUCUCACCCUCUGUUCUAAUGACUCCCCUCCCCGCCACCCCACCCCUGGGGACGGGUCAGUGAGUGUGCGGUGCUCUGAGAACCGAUGGCGCUGGCCUCCCACCUGAGCAGGGAGGGUGUGGGAGGGCCUGGGCGGCAGCGGGGCCCAGAGUCGGCCAGGCCUCUUCGUGUCCUCAGGGACGCCCUCCUGCGGGCUGUCCGGCUCCGGGGCUGUCCCACCGUGUCACAGGGAGAGCUACUUGGUGGGUUUUAGGACAGUUGUCUUUCAACCUGUGUCUGCCUGUUUUCUGUUUCUAUUCUCAGAGAAAUGCUCUCCAUUUUUAAUGUGGCUCUGGGUCAAGUGGCAAAGGAAGCAGCACCUCCUGGCCAGAAGGGGCCUUGAGGCCCGGGUGGGCUCUGUGCUGGCACGAGCUGGUGUCGCCUCCGGGCCUGUCCCAGCUUCCCGGGCGAGCGCUCCCUGUCAGCCGUCCUCUCCUGCUGACCAUGAGCUUGCUUCCGCCUCCCAGGCCGGGCCAUUGUCUAAGUGUUUAGGCUUCAUCACUGUGAGGGACACACACUUGUUGGAAACCUGGUCUCGUUCCCAGGAAGCUAGCGGGGCUUCAGCCGUGGUCUGUGCUCCGAGGUCACUGGGUGCAGGAAACUGACAGGAUCGCUACUGUGGCAACCGGUCUCUCAGGGCCCCGUGACUCAGGCUGAGGAGUCACUUCCGUGGAGCCAGGCGGUGUCAGCAACGAUAGGGUAGUGGGUUCCGGAGGGUGCGGCCUCCAUUGCACACGGGCAGGAGUGUUGGCCAGACAAUAAGUUAACAGCUCCGAAUGUCGCUCGGCUGCACUCUGGAAAUAAGCAUGGGCUCCAUGCGUUCCCUCUGUCCCGCCGGCCCUUCCUCCAUCCAGUGACAAGCCAUGGGCGUGCCCUGGGCAUGCAUGCAAUACAGCAAGACCAACCAGAGCAAUAUUGAAUUGUUCAUCAGAUCAAAAUUAUAUAUAUAUUAACACAUAUACUUUAUCUUCCUGCAUUUUUGAAAUAUAAAGUAGUGUAUUGUACAUAUCCAUAAGCUAGUAUAUUUGUUUCACGGUUUGUAAUGUUUCAGAAUUGCUCAUUCUUUGUAGAACAAACAAUAUAUUAAAUAUUUUAAAAGUUGCUUUGUGAUAAUUUUUUUCAAAAUUUGUAAUGUGUGGCUUUUACAUAAGCUAUCUGGAAAUACCCACCACUCACGGGACACGUAGGCUCUAGAAGCUCCACCGGGAACGCGGUGCCCACAAGGCACUGUGGGCAGAGCACUUGUAGAGCAUGACUUUUAUACCUGGGGAUGUCUGUGUGUAUAUUUAUAUUUAAGGUGUAUUUAUUGUUCCAAUUCCAUUAUCCGUCAUAUUUUAAUUACUCUUCAAUUAUAAAAAUCACCCUUGCAUUCAGAUUUCCAGCUGCCAGUGAUGUUCUGAAAAUAAUGAAACAUUAAAAUAAAGCUUUCGUUCUAACACCCUGC